UAAAAAACAUGUUCAAUGUACAUAUUGCGAAAAAGAUGUGUUCUCAAAAAAUUUUAUGAGACAUCUUGAACGACACCAUAAAGAGGAAAAUGAAGUUCAAAAUAUAUUAAAACAUCCAAAAAAUACAAAAGAACGACGGCGAGCACUGGGAUUAUUAAGAAACAAUACAAAUUUUGAUUUAUUUUUGACAGGAAUAGUAAGACCGAUUCGUCAACAAAACAAAAAUGAGAACAUUGAAUAUUUUCCCUGUGCUUAUUGUAAAGGAUUGUUUUUGAAAAAUUAUUUAAAACGUCAUGCAAAAUCAUGUUACGUUAAGAAACAAAACCAAAUUUUAAGGGAACAAGGUAAAAAAGAUCACCACUUGGCUUGUUCUCAGACAGCAAUUGCUUGUGCAAUGGAUCCCACUAAUGUAAUUUCUAAAUUAAAUGUUAAGGUGAAGGUUUUUGAUCAAAUGAAACCAGAUAACAUUUCACUUGAAGCUAAAAAGGAUUUACUGAUUGCUCAUAUAGGUGAAUCAUAUUUAAAAAAACAUAAGCGAGAACGUAUGGUGUAUGCGGCAAGUAACAAAAUGAGAGAACUUUCGCGUUUGCUAAUUACAUAUCGCGCACUAACCAAUAAUAAAAAUGUAGGGUUAAAAGAUAUGAUUAACCCCAAAAAUUUUGAUAACGUGGUUCUAGCUUCUAGAGAAAUUGCUGGAUAUAAUCCUGAAAAAAAAAGUUUUAACGCACCAAGUUUAGCUAUGCACAUCGGCACCUCGUUAAAAGAUGUGUGUGAUGAAUAUGUACAUUUAAUUUUGAGACAAAAUAGAGGUUAUAGAACAAAAUCUGUAAAUGAUCAGAAAGAAUGGAUACAAAAUAUAAAAUUUUUUAGAGAGUUGGUAGACUCUAGAUGGAAUAUUGAAAUAGGAUCUCUUGCCAAUAAAGACUUAUUAGAAAAACGGUGGAAUAAACCUGUUUUGUUACCUCUUGUCAGUGAUAUUAAAACAUUUAGGGAAGGGGUUAUCAAAAUUGCAUAUGAUUGUCAGCAACAAUUGAGUUUAAAUGAGAGGGACGAAAAGUCUUACAAGUUGCUUACACAAUGUGCUUUAGCAUUAUUAAUUCUCUUUAAUCGAAGAAGAAUUGGGGACGUGCAAUAUCUGAAAAUGAAAGAUUACCUAGAUGAUAGACGAACCAAUAUGAAAGAUUUUGAAAAUGCACUUACCGAAACCGAAAAAAUAUUGACAACGAAAUAUAAACGAGUGAUUAACAGUGGUAAAGGCAGUAGAGCAGUGGUCAUUUUAAUACCAGAGUUGUUACAAAAAAUUUUAGAUUUGCUAUUGAAGUUACGGCCAAUGUACAUACCACCAGAAAAUGAAUACGUUUUCGCAAUACCUGGCAGCAUCAUAAAAUGGGGUAAAGGUGAUGUAGCAAUCAAGACUCUUUGUAAAAAAAUGAAACUGGAAAACCAAGAUGCCAUUACUAGUAACAAAUUACGAAAGCAAAUAGCUACAGUGAUGCAAAUACUUAAUUUAAGUAAAGACGAGUCAAAACAAUUUGCCAAUUUCAUGGGACAUACCCAGAAAACCCACGAUGAAUUUUACGAAUUGCCUGUGGAUAUUUAUCAAACAGCUAAAGUUUCGAAAUUACUUUUAAUGAUGGAAAAGGGUACUGUUCCAAUAGAAUACAAAGGAAAAUCUUUGGCGGAAAUAAAUAUUGAUCCGAAUUCCGAAUUAGUCGAAGAAGAUAAUGACAACGAUGAAGGAGUAGUAUUUUUGAAUGAUAAUUAUGGUAGUAAUGGUGGUAAUGACAUUAGUAAUAACUGGGAAGAUAUUAAUAUGAAACAACAUGAAGGCAAGAAUGACCCUGAGAUAAUAGCAGAUAUGGAUUUAACGAGUUUAGAUGGUUCUAAGCGAUCAAUGAUUACUCAAAAUAUAGAACAUCUUCAAAAUGAAGUAGAUCAUCAAGAAGAUCAAGCAAGUGAUGCUUUAGAAUAUGUAACCGCCGAUGAAGAAUAUUUGCAAACAAAAAUGAAGCGAGUCAGGAAACAACGUUGGACAAAUACAGAAAUUCAGCUUGUAAAGAAAAAGUUUAAUACCUAUAUUGAAAAAAAAUCAUAUCCCUCUGGAUCAACAAUGGAAGAAUUUAUUAAGAAAAAUAACAUGAAAAAAAAAGUUGCUCACUUAAGAUCUAAAAUUCAGCACUUGAUUAACCUAAAUCUUAAAUCUUAAUAAUGCUAAUUAAUUUUUUGUAAAAAGUUUUUUUAAAUUGUCAAUUUAAAAUUUAUAAAUCAUUUAUUUCUGAAAUAUGAUCCUCUACUGUUAACUUCAAAAAAAUUGAGUGUCAC